UGGCCGUUCAUGUUUUGUUUGUGUUGAAAUAUUCUUAAUCGGGGGUCAUUUUCUUGAUGGGAUUAGCAUUACUUAACCAAGAUCAAAUAUUUGAUUAAGAGAUAAUCAAGAAAAUCAAGACACAAAAAGUAAUCAGAGAUAAAUCAAGAAAUGGAUACCUAUUUAGAGAAAGUUUAUGUCAUACUUGGUAAUGAUUUACAAGAUGGGUUCAAGACUUUGGAUUGGACAAUCAAGAAAUGGAAACCAAUUCCAAUUUCUAUAAUCAUUCUUCAUUUCACAUUCAAUGUUUCAAAAGAAUUUGUUUACACCCCAUUUGGUAAGCUGCCUGCAAGUUCUGUUAGUGAAGAGAAGCUUCAAGUUUUAAGGAGAUAUGAACAAGAAAAGAUUGAAAAAUUACUUUCAAAAUAUAUUUCUUUUUGUGGAAAGGUAAAAGCUGAAAUAUUCAAAGUUGAGAAAUCUGAUGAACCAGUUCAGAAAGUCAUAGUAGAAUUAAUCUCAAGAUACAAGAUAACUAAAUUGGUAUUGGAAUUAACAUUCUUGAGAUCAUCUUCUUCUUGGAGAUCAAAGAAUUCAAUAAGUGGUUCAUUCUACAUCCAUGAGCAUAAACCAAAUUUUUGUGAAUUUUUCAUCAUAUGUGGAGGAAAAUUAGUAUUUCUUAGAGGAGAAAAUGAAGAUGUAAUAAUGGAAGAUGAUGAUCAAGGACUAACAAAAAAGGGAAAUAUAAAAAGUUGGUUUGGAAAAAUGUUGAAUGAUCACAACUCCUCUUCAAUAAAGAAUUCUCACCGUUUGUCUGUCUCAUCCAAAAGCCAAAAUCAGUGGGAAAAUUGUGCUCAAGAGAUUCAAAAUUACUAUGAGAAUUUGUUAUCUUCAAAUUUGGGUGAAGAUAAAGAUUUUGCUCCAUUGGAGGAAGGUGUGCACACAAUCACUGAAUCAAUGAAUGGGGCAGUAAAAGCAGAAAAUAUGAGAAGUAAAAUAGAUGAUGUGCAGAAAAUAAUCCGAUUGAACAAGGAAGAGAUUAAAGCCAACAUGGAACGGUCUGCCAAAGCUGAAUGGGCAUUAUGCUUAUGCAAUACCAGGGCUGAGGAACUUGAAGCUAAAAUAAAAGAAGAAAUUACAAACAGAAUGGAGAUAAAGAAAUCAUUAGACACUGAUACAGAACAAAUUCAAGAACUCAUAACUGAUAUAUCAGAAAACAAGAACAAAAGAAGUUCACUUCUUGAGUUACAGACAGAACUAUCAAACAAGCUUCAGUUAUUAACUUUGUCAAGAUUACGCGGAGAAGCUCAAUUAGACAAUGCAGUGAUUGCAAGAGCGGAAAUGGUACGAGAUAUCGAAGAGCUACGACGACAGAGAGACGUUCUUCAACGCAGAGUUGAGUUCUGUAAAGAAAAAGAUGCCAUUGGAAUGGUUACAAAGCUGAAUCAGUUAAGUUGUGGGUAUAGAGAGUAUAGUGCAGAAGAUAUUAGAUUGGCUACUGAUGGGUUUUCCGAGCGGCUGAGAUUGAAAUCGGGUGGUGAUUGGACAAAUGUGUAUCGAGGGCGUUUUCAUAAUACAGCAGUUGCUGUUAAAUUGGUGAAUUCUGAUGAUAAUUUAUCUCAGGAAGAUUUUCUUGCUAAGGUGAAGUUGCUUAACAAUAUAAGGCACCCACAUUUGCUAGCCAUAAUGGGUUUCUGCUGCUCUGAGCCAAAAAGCAUCAUUUUUGAAUAUUUGCACAAUGGAAGCUUAAGGGAUACAUUGCUUUCCUCCCAAGGAAACCACAGGAAAACAAACCGGGCCUUGAGAUGGCACGAUCGGAUCCGAAUUGCCCAUGAAGUAUGCUCGGGCCUGGUCUAUCUCCACUCGGCUAGGCCUAGGCCCAUUAUCCACGGCCAUUUGACAACAUCCAACAUCCUCCUGGACCGUAAUCUAGUUGCGAAGAUAAGCGGGUUGAAGUUCGGGCUCGGUCAAUGUUAUGACAAAAAUGAUGAUACGCGGAUCGACAUUCGGGCUUUUGGACUACUAGUGUUAAAUCUUCUAACUGGGAGUAAUUGGGCCGGGCUUGUCGAUGAGAUGAUGACGGUAGAUCCGACGGCCCUGGUUAGGGUUUUAGAUGAGGUGGCAGGACAAUGGCCUUUAGAUUUGGCUGAGGAACUUGUUGGGAUAGCAAUGAAGUGCAUUUCCAUUAACACUGGGCCUAAAACAAAGUUGAGUGCAGCAAAAGUAAUGGAAGAAAUGACUGGAGUAAGAAAAAAGGCAGAUGAGAUAGUUGGCAAAGGUGGUGGGUGUGAGGCUGUUGUUAUAGAAGGUGUUGAUGCUGAAGUUCCUAGCAUUUUCCUAUGCCCCAUUUUUCAGGAUGUAAUGAAAAAUCCACAUAUAGCAGCAGAUGGAUUUUCUUAUGAGUUGGAAGCUAUAGAAGAAUGGUUGAAGAUGGGGCGUGACACCUCACCCAUGACUAACUUAAGGCUUAAUCAUACAUUCCUCAUCCCUAACCACACUCUUCGUUCUCUAAUCCAAGAGUGGCAUAACAAAAAUUCCAUUCUCACUUCAUGAAAUUAUGAUGUCCUUUCACUUUGUACAUUACAAAAGAAGGUAUUUUUCUAAUUUUGGUGCCUCGGAACGUUGCAUAUAUCUCGACAAAAUUUCAUUUACAACUCUCUUGCCUUGUUUCUUUCGAAUUUCUAGCAAUGUCAUGUUUUUUUGUUA